AUGUCCGUCGAAGUUCUCACCACAAUCUCCCCCACCACCAACGAGCCCAUCCUCACCCGCAACGGCAUCUCCCAGGCCGACUUAGAUGAGCUUCCCAACACCGCCACCAAGGCUUUCGAGUCGUGGAGCAAGACGUCUCUCGCAGACCGCCAGAAGAUCGUCAGGACCGCACUCAAGCUUCUCCUCAACCUGAAGGAUGACCUUGCCCAGGAGCUCACCGUCCAGAUGGGACGCCCCAUCGCCUACACCGGCGUCGAGGUCGCCACCGCCGUGAAGCGCGCCGAGUACCUCCUCAAGAUCAGCGACGAGGUCCUCAAGGACACCGACGGCGAGGCUGAGAAGGGUUUCAAGCGCUUCAUUCGCAAAGUCCCCGUUGGCCCGGUUCUCGUCAUCUUUGCCUGGAAUUACCCUUACCUCAUCCUCGUCAACUCUCUCAUUCCCGCCCUGUUGGCAGGCAACACCGUCAUCCUCAAGCCUUCCCCGCAGACGCCGACAAUCGUCGAGCGCGUCGCCAAGGUCUUUGAGGAGGCCGGCCUCCCGUCCGGCGUCCUCCAGCACUUCCACUGCGGCUCGCCGACGCUCAUCGAGUCCAUCGUGCGCAACCCCAAGAUCAAGCUCGUCGCCUUCACCGGCUCCGUGGCCGGCGGCCUGGCCGUGCAGCAGGCCGCCGCCGACCGCGUCGUCAACGUCGGCCUCGAGCUCGGCGGCAAGGACCCGGCGUACAUCCGCGGCGACGUCGACAUCGACUGGGCCGCCGCCGAGAUCGUCGACGGCGCCGUCUUCAACUCGGGACAGAGCUGCUGCUCCGUCGAGCGGGUCUACGUCGCCGACGAGAUCCACGACGCCUUCGUCGAGGCCGUGCAGAAGGUCCUCAAGGGCUACGUCCUCGGCGACCCCUUUGACAAGGGCACCCACGUCGGCCCCGUCAUCUCGAAGCGCUCCAAGGAGACCAUCGAGGCGCACGUCCAGGACGCCGUCGCCAAGGGCGCAAAGGACGCGACGCCCGAGAACGAGUCGUUCGCCAACCCGCCGCCCAAGGGCAACUUUGUCAAGCCGACGCUGCUCACUGGCGUCGACCACUCGAUGACGGUGAUGACGGAGGAGACGUUUGGUCCCGUCAUCCCCGUCAUGCGCGUCAAGAAUGACGACGAGGCGGUCAAGCUCAUGAACGACAGCGAGUUCGGCCUGACGGCCAGCAUCUGGACCAAGGACACGGACCGCGGCUACGAGAUUGCGGACCAGGUGGAAGCGGGAACUGUCUUCGUCAACCGAUGCGAUUUCCCCAGCCCGGACCUAGCGUGGACGGGAUGGAAGAACUCGGGCAAGGGACAGACGCUCAGCCGCUUCGGCUACGAUCAGUUUGUCAAGCUCAAGAGCUACCACUUGAAGGACUACCCCAAAUAA